AUGUCAGUCUUUGCGAAUAUGACUGGAAUUUAUUCGUCACAAAGGCCAGCCGCCAGGACCAACGACAUGGCGGGCCAUACUGAUAAGAACCUGCCAGAGGUUACUGUCAAGCAUGCCCAUGGCAACCUCUGGACGACAAAAGGUGCCAUCAUCGCAUACAUUAUCCUUGUGGUCACGACAUUCGUAAUCAAUCUCGAUAUCUCCACCACCAGAAUAUAUAUUCCAUUCGCGACGAGCGACUUCCAAGCUCACUCACUUCUUACCACCGCCAAUGUCAUAGCCAAAAUAGCCGACAUAGCGGCUUAUCCUGUCGUUGCCAAGCUGUCUGACAUUUUUGGUCGUGCGGAGGGUGUGGCCAUCUCAAUCCUGUUCCAAGUCCUAGGCAAUGUCCUUCGAGCAGCAUCGGAGAACAUCCACACGUAUGCCGCGGCGGCCAUCUUCUACUCGGCGGGUCUCUCGGGCUAUUCCAUUGUGCAGCAGAUUUUCAUCGCGGACACGACCAAGCUGAUCAACCGCGGAUUCUGGGGCUCGCUCGUCGAGGCCAUCACAGUGAUCCCCGUGCUCUACAUCGGAACAACCAUCGGAGAGCAAAUGAUCCUUCAUUCCACAUGGCGGUGGGGAUAUGGCAUGUGGACCAUCAUUGUACCCGUCGCGGCCAUUCCACUUAUCGUCAUCAUUUACAUUCACCAGAGGCGAGGGAUGCGGGCCAUGCCACCUGCGCCCAAGGUAUCCCAUGACGUUCCGCUGGCUAAAAGGGUGAUCAGGUCUAUACUGAUCGAUUUUGAUCUUCCGGGUGGGAUCCUGCUGGUGGCUGGGCUUGCAUUGUUGCUCAUUCCCUUGACGCUGACGGGGACUUCCGAAACGCAGCGCUGGGACGAUGGAUCAACAAUUGCCAUGCUCGUAAUUGGUAUUCUGCUGUUAAUUGCCUUCUGUGUCUGGGAUGCAAAGUUCGCCAAACAUCCGUUCAUGCCUUACGCCACUUUUACUGAAAGGACCAUUAUCGGAGCCUACGCGCUCUCGCUUCUUGACUGGCUUGGUCUUUCUAUACUACAGACAUUCCUGACUAGCUGGGCCAUGGUUGCCGGUGGUAUGAGCCCUUCGCAAGCUGGGCGUCUAGAGCAAGUUAAUACAACUCGUGUCACGUUUCAAGUCGGAUCUGUCUUCGUCGGACUUCUCAUGCGCUACGCCAAACGAUCGCAGCCUUUUGUACUAGCAGGAGUGCCAAUCUCAUUACUGGGUCAAGGCAUCUUUAUCCAUCUGGUCAAAACCAGCAGUCCGAGCUCUGCGAAGCAGGCCGCGUUUGUGACAUCUCGCGUUCUGUACGGAAUUGGGAAAGGAUUGUUUUCGACUGCGGCGCAGAUUUCGUGCCAGGCACUUGUGGGACCGAAGCAGGUUGCGGUAGUGACUGGCGUAUUCUUCGCCAUGCAGAGUAUUGGCGGAGUUAUUGGCAUCGCCAUCUCUGGUGUUAUAUGGAACAAAUACCUUCCACGGAAGCUUGAAGCCUAUCUUCCACUGAGCGCUCAAUCACAAAUUCCGGCAAUCUUCAAAUCGUUCAAAACGGCCAUGGAGUAUCCAGAGGGUGAGCCGAUUCGUGAGGCCAUCAAUCGGAGCUAUCGCGAAACCGAGUGGAUUCUCUCCAUAACAGGGACUGCUAUUACGGCAUUGAUGAUUAUCAUCAUGUUUUUCCUGAAGAAUGUAAAUCUUGAGGAGGCGGAUGCGCAGAGGCUGAAAGAGCUUGAGGCGGAGUCUCCCAAUCCACGAUCCGACUCUGUAAGCGGCGAACAGAUUCGUUCUAUUUCGGUGAACGACGCAAAGCUUUAG